AUGUUCCACCCUCGGCCGUUUGGCGGAAUCGCCGGUAUUUUCGCCAAGUCAUCAAGGAGCGAUCCUAACAACCGCAACGAUGGGUCUACAGGUCAGGUCCCAGACAGCGGAGCUGCUGUGGCAGAUGCACCCGGCCAGCAGCGUGCUGUGUCUCUUCACCGUAACGUGCCGACGGAGGACGGCGGUAAAGGGUUUCACAGGGUUUUAGAAGGACGAAGAAGCAUUGAAGAGCCAAAACCGCUCGCGGACCCAAAGGUCUUCAGUGAUAUGAAGAUGCCCGCGGAUCCGAAGCCAUUUGGGGAACGUAGACCGUUUGGCCACUCGAAACCAGCGCCGGAGCACAGACGUGCCCCCGAUUUGAGGCACCCCCAGGACAACAAAACCUUGUCUGAUAUGACGGGUAUUACAGAAGUGUUGCAGCAACCAGCACCUGUUGUCCCAUCGGUGUCUAGCAAGUCGGAGACUUUGAAGCCGCAAUUGAAAAUCGAAAUACCAGCGGAGGCUGAACAGAGGGCAAUGUCUGAGGCUAUAUACGACAAACUAUACCUUCUACAACUGAUGAUGAAUAUGCAGCGCAUAAGUACGGAACAGGGUGUCACCGUAAUAGAAAACCCUCCCCCAAAGCUCAAAUUCCUGUUGUCCACUGUCUAUGUGCAGCAUCACACAGGACCACGCGAUGCUGGGCAUGGCCAUCGCGAAGGGUUCGUCGGGUUGUACUCGCAUACGGCACAGUCGUUGUUCGACCAAGGUGAGGCUGGCCGGAAGUCCAUGGACAUUGCGCCGGGGCAGAGACGCAACUAUUUCGACCAGCGCGUGCCAAAGGGUAAAGAAAGUUUCGUACUGGGACGGGAAGGAUAUGAUAUGCCGGGUUACCCCAAGAGAGGUGAUUUGCUUGAGGGGGACCAACAUUUCGCCGACGGUCAUGCUCGAUGGAAAACAUACGAUAACAACGCUUUGAGGAACGACUCCAAGUUUGGUUUCGAAAGAUUCAAGUCGCCGGAUGGGAUGGGUAUAUUGGAUGCCGAACAGGAGUUACGUGCGAAAGGUUUAGAGCAUCUCAAGCAGCGUGCGUCCCAGUUCCCUUCGCCGGGUGGUGCGUCAGCUCUGCACGGCGGAUCAGAUGUGUCGAUGCAAUCUCUUUUACACGAACAAAGUCCGCCGGACCGUUACGAUGUGUCUGAACACUACCCUCCAUUUGACGGUUCGGCACACAAUGACGCUUUGUUGUUGGGGCUAGAAAGGCACGCAAUGCACAGGCCUUCCGCAGAUAUGCAUUUUAACAAGAGCGUUAUGAUGCCAGAUGCAUUCGGUGCGGUGGAAAGCACGGAGCAGAAGUUACUGCAAUACACGGCCCUUGCGGCAUCCGUGGCACAAGCUCAGCCAGUUGGAGGCAUAACCUCUGACGCCUCGCCGUGGCCAUCUACCUCAGCAUCGGACCUGAAGGCACCAUCUGUAAAGGCAGAGGAUGUGUUUGGCUCGCCUCUUUUGAAGAACAGCGGUAACAGCGUAUCAUUUUUGGAACGGUUACUGGACAAAUCCUUCGACACCACGGAACCCGGUUUGGACCCUUCAAUCGCCGAAGCAACCGCACAGUUUCAGAAAUCGUUACAGUUGAGCACGGAGCAGCGUAUGCAGACGCAAAAUCGAAUUGAGGUCCAAACGCAGUUGCAGUCCCAUCUCAUUUUACAGUCUCACCUGCAAAGCGAAUUGGAAGCGCAGAUGCAGGCUCCACUGCACGGUCGACAACAUAUGUCGUCUCAGGCGUCUCUAAAUAUGCAACAUAAGAUGAAGGCGCAGAUGCCAUUGAAGUCCCAGCAUCCUUUGAGGUCUCAGCUCCAAAGCAAGCCUCAACAACUCAAGUCGCAGCUGCCAAACAAAUCUCAGCAAUUGAAGUCGCAGUCGCAAAACAAGCUUCAGCCGUUGAGUAAAUCCCAGCAACCGUUAAAGGCCCAACCUCCGUUGAAGCCGCAGAUCGCUCCGAAGAGCCAAUCUCCACUGCCGUUGCAGAUGCAAUCUGUGCCAUCGUCGCAUGCUAAUCUGCACGUUAAUGCACAACCUCAAUUGCCGGUUCAACAGCAGCUGCAGCCGCAUCUACAGCAAACUAUUCCGCCGACUAUUGAUCUUCAAUGGCAAUACAUGGAUUUCCACGGCCUGGUGCAUGGACCGUUUUCUUCGAAGCAGAUGUACACGUGGUACAUCAACAACUUUUUCAACCCCAACCUGAAGAUGCGCUACAACCAAAUGAUGCCGUGGACGCCAUUCAAGGAUCUGUACCCCGUAAGCUCCAGAGCCUUCCUGGAGAAUCCGGUCGGAUACACCACGGAGGAGCCUCAGACCACUACGAUUCACCACCAGGCACCCGAGACCCCCAAGGUCAUCGUAACUCCGCCUACUACGUCUCAUUCAGUGGAGGCGGUCUCUGCUGACGCUGCGGUGCAGAUUAGCGAGUCGCCGCAAAUGUCCAGCCAGCGGUGGAACAAGCCUGACGAGCUUAAGGUGGAUUCUUUGCUAGACAUAAUGGAGAAGCAGAAACGUCAAAGUGUCCCUAAAGCAGUGCCUAAGUCUACUGCUCCGCCCGAAGUGCCCAAGCCUUCGCCUGGGUGGAAGGUGGCCGACAUCCCUGGGCCUUCCCCUGUUGUAGCCUCCGACGACUUCCCUUCGCUGGCCCUCGGCGUGGAGAAGGUCACGAAGCCGAAGAAAAAGCCGGUCGGAACAACCACGCAGCAGGGCAACACUAUGACCCUCAAGGCUUUCAUGAAACAUCAGGCGCAGACUCCUGAGAAUACUAGGGUGCAUCCUAGGGAGUCAUUUGCGAGCAAGCUGAUGGGUAACAACAAGUGA